GAUGUGUUUCCAUGGAGUUGAAAAAGCUGGUGUAUUAUCGCUGUUGAGAAGUAUUUUUUUCGUCUAUCUUAUAUUAAAAUUGUGGCUAAUAAGACAGUAACAACGGAUAUAUCUUAAUUCCGAAUAGUUUGCUUGAUGUUUAACGAAGUAUUUGAAAUGGAUCUCCAUUUAGAGGUUUCACUGACGAUGCAGAUCUACUACUAAAAUGUUACUGCUGGUUGCGAGUAUACCAUGACAGAACAAUUAAACGAAACGCUAUUUUCUUUCGAAAUACUGGUGGAAUAUAUCCGAAUAGAUAAAGGCAGAAAAUGUCCAAGUCAUUCCGAUGUAUUAGCGCUCGGUGUUCAACUAUUAGACUUCCCAACGCUACUAAUCUACCAACCAGAAACUGUUGAUCCAUUACUUCAACGACCAACACCAACUGAUGAAGGCAAUGGUACUGACAACGAAAACCAAUUCUGCAGUCAGCCCAACAAUGUCGACACAUCUGAGUGCCCUUUUAACAAAGGCAAGUCUUGUUUGUUUAAAACCGACUUGUACUCUCUCCACAUCCACCUAAGCAGUACUCCUCUGUAUGCUAUGGUCUUGGAUGUGAAGGCAGAUGUUCCAAGGUUGGUUGGCAGCUCACUGGUCUCUUUGGCCAGGUUGAUAGACCGUGUCAGGUGUGAUGUGGAGGUUCAUGGUAUCUCUACGCCUUCUACACAUGGAGAGAAAGGACUAGUGGACAUAUUUAAUCUCAUAGGGGAGAGAAUAGGUGUUAUUUCCUUGGGGUAUAAACUAUUAAGUCUGGGAGCCAGUUUAUUAGCACAUAUACCGGAGAAUAGAGUAUUGACAGUUGGCGAUAGACAUGGGAGUGGAUCUAUAAAACCAACAGAACAUGUGUUAGUUGACACUUUGAAAGGAAAGGUUCAACCACUGGACCUAAACACUGAUAACACACCCUCCAAAGUUUUGGGUAAAAAUAUCAAAAUAAACAGCCAGAGCACAGAGAUAGCGGUGUCAAAAGACAAACAGAGUGUUGCUUUUUCAACUGCCACUCAGACAGAACAUUCUAGGAGGAAGACGCAUCACAGAAAACUCCGUGUGGAUUCAGUAGAUAACAGCCAUGAUGAGGGAAGCCUCACGUUGUUCUAUCCACCUCCACUAUUCUACAACAGCUCAGUGGAACAACAACAGGCCGAUGGACCAGAACAGAACAGGCUGUUACACAUGGAUUCUCUCUGGGUAGAGGACAUAGACUCUGAUGGGCAGGUUUCUGGUGAGACACAGGCUCCUGCUCCAGACCAGAGAGUGAGACCAAGACAGGGUGAGAUAAUGGAAUCGAUGAGUCUUGGAGAGAGGGGAGUCCACCACUUUAAGGACAGAGCAUCUAUCCUGGGUGACGCUUUGAGACAGCUCCCUUUACUGAAUGCCCUGCUUGUUGAGCUCUCUCAGCUAAAUGGACAGACACAGAACCAGCAACAGCAGCCGUUGUCUGUCCACCCUAACCUAGCGUGGCUCUACAGGCCUGUGGGUGUACCAGAGGCUUCUGAUGUCCAACAAUGCAUCUUUGGGACUGAUGGAACACCUCCUCAGAGAAACAGACUGUUUUCUAGUCCCAGCUUCAAGGACCGGACACCAAAAGAACAGCGUAGUGGUACCCCCCUGGUGAGAGGCAACACAGUGUCCCUGGCCUCUCCACCCAAGAGGAAAUUGGGUUUUGGAACAACUAAAACAUUCCAACUGAGGAUGAAGAAGAUAAACAAUGCUGGUGUGAGGCACCUCCACCGUGAGUGCCAAGGACCAGUGAGAAAAACUCUGCAACACCACAUAAAAGGAAAGCAGUUCAACACUAACAGUUUAACAGCUGAACCCAUCACCUACAGGAACCUAGUUAACAGGAGCUCCAUUCUGAAUGAAAACAUGGACACUAUGAGGAGCAGCCUGGACCAAGGCAAAGUGUCAGCAGCACAGCAGGAUACCUCGUCUGGACAAGAACUAACAAGCCGAUACAGAACUGGUGUCAAUGCACAGGAUAUUUACUAUAAGAGAGAGGGGGCUUACAACAGAAAACAGAAGAAGAAGCCAUCAUCCACCUCCAAGCAGGACAGUCACACAGAGACUGGAUCUCACAACCCUGGAGACCAGAGUGGGUCCCUGAGAGGAGAGAGAAGACACACGGAGACUGGAUCUCACAACACCCCUGGAGACCAGAGUGGGUCCCUGAGAGGAGAGAGAAGACACACAGGGACUGGAUCUCACAACACCCCUGGAGACCAGAGUGGGUCCCUGAGAGGAGUGAGAAGACACACAGAGACUGGAUCUCACAACACCCCUAGAGACCAGAGUGGGUCCCUGAGAAGAGAGUGCAGACACACAGAGACUGGAUCUCACAACACCCCUGGAGACCAUGGCGGGUCCCUGAGAGGAGACAGCAGACACACAGAGACUGGUUCUCACAACACCCCUGGAGACCAGGGCGGGUCCCUGAGAGGAGACAGCAGACACACAGAGACUGGAUCUCACAACACCCCUGGAGACCAGGGCGGGUCCCUGAGAGGAGACAGCAGACUACACUACCCAGACUCUAGCAAAGAACAUCACCAUCAAUCAAGAUGUGGCAAAAACCAUAGCAACAACCAGCACUACCAGUUAGCCUCCGGCAGAAGCCCUAGAAACCAAGAGCCCCAGUCUGCCUCCAGCAGUAAUAAUGUGGACAGUGUGGGGACAGGAGAGUACCUGGAUGAUUUCACCAGUCUGGAGCCUACUGAUGCUGAGAGAUACUCCCCUUUUGUGGGUGGGGCCAAGGAAAGGAGUUUCUCAUCACCUGACCUUUUUAGUAGCCCUGAGCCUGUGAGGCAUGGGCCUAGGGGGAGGAGUCUCAUGUCACCUGACCUCCUAAGUAGCCCUGAGCCUGAGAGGGGUGGGGCUAGGGGGAGGAGUCUCAUGUCACCUGACCUCCUUAGUAGUCCUGAGCCUGUGAGGGGUGGGGCUAGGGGGAGGAGUCCUAACCGUGUUGGGGGUGGGGCUAGGGGGAGGAGUUUUAUAUCACCUGAUCUCAGUAGCCCAGAGCUUACGAGGGGUGGGGCCAAGGGGAAAACUCUCAGGUCACUUAACCUUCUUGGUGAGCCUGAGCCUCCUAAGGGUGGGGCCAGGAUGAGGAGAGUUGAUCCAGGUGGGUUUGGGGCCAGGGGGAUUAGUCCUGAGUCUGUUUGGGGUGGAACCGGGGACCAGAGGCGGAGACACGUGUCAGGUAAACAUAACUCUGAUGGCUCCAGUGCCUCAGGGAGGAGGCGGAGAAGAACGAUGGCCCUUCCUGUUCCACUUAAAACUGAGACCUCUCCCCAGCAGUCUCUGCGGAACACACAUGUCUUUCAGCCCCGGGCAUCAAUGCUCAGCGUCUCCUCUGAUAACACUGAAGGAGAUGUGUCCAUCCACUCUGCCCACCGCAGAAACCAGCAGGCAGCAAAGCCAAGUAGAGUAGGAGCCAUGAGGCUUGUUUCGGGUACUGGAGGAACCUCAGCCAACAGGUCUGCUGGUACUUGCUCUGAGUCGAUCCAGGGCACUUCUGUCUCUAUGAGUCACAGAGCAUCAAGCCAGCUCAGUGACACCCAUACUAUCAAAGAGUCCUGUAUCCAGGGGGCUGUCAGACAUCACAUUGACUCUACUGACACUUACCUCCCCUGUGACUACACACCAUCUAAGAACAGCAGGCCAAGUAGAGGAGACUUUGACCUCCACAACCCUACUGACAACCCUUCAACUGGAACCCAUAAAGCAGAGGAGGUAGAAGAGGAGUUGGAAGAGGAGAUAGAAGAAGUGCUGGUAAAAGUUGAGAGGGUGCAGGGAGCAGGGGAGGUUCUGACUGAGGAGCUAGGAGAUACUCUAGGCUCUCUGGGGUUCAGUAAGAAAUGCCAGCACAUCUCUGAACUGCUAGUUAACAAGCUCCCUGGAUACACCUUUUAGAAACAUACAAAUGUAUGCUCCCUUACCAGACUGACUGUAGAGAGAUGUCUCCAUCCUGACAUUGUCCUGACUGUCCAGAGAUGUUUCCAUCCUGACAUUGUCCUGACUGUCCAGAGAUGUUUCCAUCCUGACAUUGUCCUGACUGUCCAGAGAUGUUUCCAUCCUGACAUAGUCCUGACUGUCCAGAGAUGUGUCCAUCCUGACAUAGUCCUGACUGUCCAGAGAUGUGUCCAUCCUGACAUUGUCCUGACUGUCCAGAGAUGUUGGUUGUUAUGCUGAAUCUCCAUUUCCCUACAUUUUCAAUCUGGUAGUAAAUUAUGUACACUUCUACACUAGUGUGUGUAAUGUGUAACUCCUGUAAAAAUCACUUAUCAAAUGUAUGAACAUUCAAAUGGAUCAUUUAUUUAUUGAUCAGGGAUGUGAGCAGUAGAAUGUUUUUAGUCAUUUAGGUUUGGGUUUCCAAACCGUUUUGCUUCAUGACAACCAAUAUAGGUUCAUUUAGUCACAACCCACCACCUAAUCAGAGCGGUCAGACAGACAUUGGAAAGUACAACAACCGCAGGUCUGUUAAAAGUUGAACUCCUUUCUACAUUAAACAAAAAUAUAAAUGACACAUGCAACAAUUUACAAUCUCAUGCAAUGGCACAUGCAACUUGGUUACAGUUCAUUUAAGGAAACCAGUCAAUUGAAAGAAAUGCAUUUAUUAUGAAAUAAAAGUUGGAGUGUUGAGGGACUGGGAUGCGGUGUUGGGUUGGGGUGUUGAGGGUCUGAGGGACAUUCUCUGCCAACAGCUCUGAGGGACAUUCCUCCAGGCAGCAUACACAUUACAUGUUCCUCAGACCCUGAGACGUAUGUGACAUUGUGUUGUGUGAAGAAACUGAACACUGUGCAGUAAACUGGCCUAAUACAGCGUAUGCCUGUGUAACUGUUUUGUCAGUUUCUUUAUGUCACACCUGUCAGGUUGGAUGGGUUAUCUUGGCAAAGGAAAAACUAUAACAGGAAUCUAAACUAAUGUUUGCCCGCUAUUUGAGAGAAAUAUUUGAGGAAAUAAGUGCUGUCCAGCGACAUUUAGCUCCCAUUAAGAACUGACGUGAACCUUGCUCGUUUGGACAGCCAAGAAACAUUUUAACAGCGGCAGUAGGUGGUGGUUAUCUGUCAUUUGUAUAUAGAGAAAAAA